GUCCACUACUGCGCAUGAGGGCUACGUGUAAACCGCAUUUAAAUUAGCUGUGGACUACAUAUACCAUAUUGCCGUUGCUGUUUAACCCAAAGUGGGAAUGUAAGAAGAUCGGCAUGGCAUCAGGACAUCUUGCUAAAGCCUUACGGCUUGGCAGCCAUAGAUUCUUCUCGGUCACACACUUUGGCUUCCAGAGCCGUUGGUAUGGGACUGCAAUUGUCGCACAAACUCAUCACGUACAGAAUGACCGCAAAGCUCCAGACGACAAGAUUCUCACCCUGCCCCUGAAGCACCCUGACUACUUCCACUUGUCAGAACUUUUCUCCCUAAAGGACCUAUUUCAAGCUAAGGUUCACCUUGGCCACAAAAGAGGCUGCAGAUCUAGGUUGAUGGAGCCUUACCUGUUCGGUUGUCGGCUGGAGCAGGACAUUAUUGACCUAGAUACAACAAUGAAGCACCUGCAGCAAGCACUGAACUUCACUGCCCACGUGGCGUACCGAGGCGGGGUGAUCCUAUUUGUCAGCCGGCGCAGGCAGUUCAGCCACCUGAUAGAGAACACUGCCCGGGAAUGUGGGGAGUACGCCCAUACGCGCUUCUGGCAAGGCGGCCUGCUCACCAACGCGCACGUUCAGUACGGUCCAGGCGUCCGUCUCCCUGACCUCAUGAUCUUCCUCAACACCCUCAAUAAUGUGUUCCAGCAGCACGUGGCCAUCCGCGAUGCUGCAAAGAUGAACAUCCCCACGGUGGGUGUGCUGGACUCGGACUGCAACCCCAGCCUGGUCACUUACCCGGUCCCCGGCAACGACGACACGCCCUCCUCCAUGGAGCUCUACUGCAAGCUGUUCAAGAUGACCAUUAACCGUGCCAAGGAGAAGAGGAAGCAGAUGGAGUUGUUGCAUGGCGUCACCAGACCUGCCUCACAAGAACACGGGGCUCCUGCGAAGACCCACUCGGUCGCCCCUCACUCACUCCCCGCCCCCCCCUUAGCGACUUGAUAGGAGGCAGCAUAGGGCCUCUCAUAUCUUGCGUUAUCUGCUUUCUUGUCCCGUUUGAAUAAGACUGCAGUCCAUAGGAGGGACUGAUAUGACAAAUGCAGUGAUAUAAUGACAUGUAUAUUGUUGUACAUUACGUGUGGAGCCGUUUUGGCAUAAUUUGGCUUCCUAUAAUGCCAGCUGUCGGAAUCGGAACUUGAUAGGUUAACUUUAAUCUGCCAUCUCUCUUCUUGAAUGCAUGUUGAUUAAAUAUCACUUGUAUGUCAUGGAAACGAACAUUAAAACAAAAUGAUUCUU